AUGAGGAGCAGGAAGUACUUGGUGGCCUCUAAUCUGCUGCGUGUCACCACCGAGCAGAUAGUGCUUGCGCACCCAGCAUCCUCCAAUGCCUCGCAGUUUCCCCCAGUGAAGGACGGGUGUCGAUGUCCCUUCCUCAGCAAUCCCAAACUGCGUGCCCUGGCAACGGCCCUGUCCCCAGGCUUCCUGAGGUUCGGUGGCACCGAGACAGAUUUUCUCAUCUUUGAUCCCAACAAGGAUUCAACUUCAGAAGAAAAAAUCCUCUGGGAACUUCAGGCCCAGCAAGGUAAAACGGGCAUCAACAUGUUAGACUCAAAACCAUUUAGUGCUGCUGUUGAGAAGCUACUGCUGGCCCAGUGGCCCCGCCAGGAGAAGUUGAUUCUUGCAGAGCAUAACCGAAAAAAGCACAAAAACACCACCAUUACAAGAAAUACGCUGGAUAUUCUCUACAGCUUUGCAAACUGCUCAGGGUUUCACCUGAUCUUUGGGCUCAACGCCUUGCUGCGGAAAGAUGGCUUGCAGUGGGACAGCUCGAACGCUCGGGCACUGCUGGACUACUGCGCUUCACAGGGGUACAACAUCUCCUGGGAGCUCGGGAACGAGCCCAAUAGCUUCAGGAAGAAAUCUGGCAUCUACAUCGACGGAUUCCAGUUGGGGCAAGAUUUUAUCCACUUACGCCAACUUCUGAGUAACUAUACCCUCUACCGGCACGCAAAGCUCUACGGUCCCGACACUGGGCAGCCCCGAAAGCACACACAGAGACUGCUGAGAAGCUUCCUGAAAUCGGGAGGGAAGGUGAUUGACUCUGUCACGUGGCACCAUUACUAUGUGAAUGGACGAAGUGCAACGAGGGAGGAUUUCUUGAGCCCUGAAGUGCUGGAUACCUUUGCCACAGCUGUACACCAAGUCCUGGAGAUUGUUGGUGGGACCGUGCCCGACAAGAAGGUCUGGCUAGGAGAGACAAGCUCUGCCUAUGGAGGGGGAGCUCCCAGGCUGUCUAACACUUACAUUGCUGGCUUUAUGUGGUUGGACAAACUCGGGCUUUCGGCCAGGCAGGGGAUUGAUGUGGUGAUGAGACAGGUUUUCUUUGGGGCAGGGACCUAUCACCUGGUGGAUGCCAACUUUGAGCCUUUGCCGGACUACUGGCUCUCGCUGCUCUACAAGAAGCUGGUGGGUACCAGGGUGCUGCAGGUCAGCCUGGCGGGAGCCGACAAGAGGAGGCUCCGUGUCUACCUCCACUGCACGAAUGCCCUCCACCCAAAGUACAGAGAAGGGGAUGUGACACUGUUUGCCUUAAACCUCUACAACGUCACCCAGCAUUUGCAGCUACCCAAUUACUUAUUGAGCAAGCACGUGGAUCAGUACCUCUUACUGCCUCAUGGCAAAGAGAAUAUACUUUCCAGGUCUAUUGAGCUGAACGGCCGUGUGCUACGGAUGGUGGAUGACAAAACGCUGCCAGAGCUUAUCGAAAAACCCCUUGGUCCCGGCAGCGUACUUGGCCUUCCAGCCUUCACUUACGGCUUUUAUGUUAUCAAAAAUGCCAAAGCUAUUGCUUGCAUUUAA